GUCGUCGUUUUUGUCAACAAUGGGGGGCGACUGGUUUGGAUUGAUACGGCUAGGUAUUGGAUUGAAUAUCUUGAUCAUUAAAAUAACUUACUAUAAAAAAGUCAAACAACUCUUCUAGGGUUUGUAUUUCAGUGCUAAAAUCAUGACUAAAAAAAGGUUUGUUUGUUUAUUUUAGCUAAAAUAAAAAUCAUAAAACAGACUGUAGAGGGCGAAAUUAAAAAUUAUUUGUAUUGACUGUAGAGGGCGCAAGCCGCUAUCUGAUUCAAUGGUUUUAGAGCUCGCUUUAUUAUUUCUUUAUCUACUCCAAUGGAUAUAAGAUGAUCUCUGCUGAUUUUGGCGCUUCUUCAGCUCUGCCAGCUCUGCCUCAUGCUGAUUUUAUUUCAUUUCUAAUUUGAGUCGUACAAUUUCUUAACUUAGCCUGUGACUGCCCAACAUUCGACUUUCUCUUUCUGUGUUUGUAAAGGUGCCAGCUGCUGGCGACAGUCGCCGUUUCGUCAGCGGCCGCGUUCUGCAAGUGUAGUUUUUGUGCUGGUGCUUUCACGGACAUGCCGACGUGUUUUGCGCCCGGCUGUAGGAGCGGUUACUACAAGACACAGGAAAAACGGCACUUCUUCCGGCCGCCGAGGAAUGACGACCUAAGAGCCGCCUGGGACCGCGCCAUACCGCGCACGGACCGGCUGCUAACGCCGAGCUGCCGGUUGUGUGACCUACACUUUGACGACGCAGACAUUGUGAAAGUGUUUAGGCACGUCAUCCGCGGCGAGGUCGUCGAGAUACCCAGAUCCAAUUGGUUGUUGGCGCCCAGUGCCGUGCCUUGCAUCUUCUCCAACUCUCCGCGCUAUCUUCUGAAACGGAAGGCCUACUACGAACGGAAGGUUCCAGACACGGUUCCAGGCAAGAUACUCUGCGAAGAUCAACAGAGACGCGCUCCCAAUGUCGACGCACCGUCGCUGCGUAAAGAGCCUGUUCAGCAGACCAACGUUCCUGCGAGUCGUGAGGACCCCCAAGAAGUGGCUCCGAAACUCGCACCCUGGCUACGAAACAAAACAUCAACUUGCUGCGUAUUCAAAUGCCCCAGUGGCACGACAUUGCCACAAAACACUGAAGGGCGACACUAUUUCGAACCACCCUUGGACGACCAACUUCUUCGGGAAUGGGAACGAAGGCUGGGCCGGACGGACACGGGGCCCCUGACCAGAACCAUGCUGGUGUGCGACUUGCAUUUCGAGGACGGCGACAUCAUCAAGCGAUUUGAAUGCCGCGUCAAUGGCGAGGCGUUCGUUUUGCAACGAGAGCAGUGGCGACUGAAGCCGACGGCAGUACCGUCUCGACUCUUGGGCAGAGCUUCAGAUUGGGCGCGCGUCGUUACCCAGCUCGAACCUGUUCGGUUCGAGGACCUUGCUUCGAGUUUUGCGACGACAAAAACCACGAGUGGCUGGAAGACAGACGUGAGCGACGAACAAAUCCUCCUCUACAAGCUCGCCGUCUCCGAAAAGCGCGUCGUGUCGGUUUCGCGGGCGGUCAUCGUUUCGAAGGACCUAAGUGUGUGCGUCAACUCGAAUGGUAGGUUGGUGCCCCCAGGACUGUUGGUGACGAGCAUCGGGUCGCGCGAAGACGUCGACGGUCUUCUCGGUGUGGUCAGCAAAUUACGUGACUGCGGCGGCUGUCCGGCCGACCAGUUUCCCGACGUGAAGACCGCGCUGUCAGCCGUGAAGGAAGGGGGGGUCUGGUACCGGAAGGAGUGUGCCGUCCUCACAGAGAAGUGCGAAGUGUGCCACGAGUGCGCAAAGCUGAAGAAGCUGAUGCGGCAGCGGCAGAAGAAGCUGCCGUCCCCGCCGAAGAACAGAAAGGCCAUCGUGAAAGGACUCAAAAAGAAGGCGGCGCGAGCUCGCCUGGCAACAGAGAGGAUGAGGUUCAAGCUGCGGGACAUGAAGAAGGAGAUGGCGGUGUUCGCGAAGGCCCUCAAAGUGCUGCCCGAGGGCCAGCAGACGGCGUUCAAGGAGGCGUUGUGUCACUUUGGGGAAGUCUGCGCCGUUGAAGACGGCGAACAGGAGUACAAAGACGGUGAAGAGGAGGACGAGGACCUUCUCGUCACCGAAGACAUGCAGUCCGACGGAACGUGUUCAUCCGAUUAGUGUUGUGGAGGCCUACGUGGACCGAUUAGGCAGAGUAGCGAACACAGUUUGUGCAAGAAUGGCAGUCGACAGUAUGAUUGAUUUAAUAAAAGUGUAUACUGGUUGA